AUGUUAGAGGUCUCCAUGGAAUCCGAGUGUCCUAUAUGCCGCAAGCACCUGAACAAACGAUGUCUGAUCGAUCACUUAUGCAUGGUGCACAAACUCGAGAUCGCAGCAGCAAAAGAGAGAUUAUCCGAGAUGAAGAAAACAGAAUUGGAGCUCAAAGGGAAGCGAACGGAGAACUGUGAAUUCUGCGGUCGAGUUUUCACGACGACGAGAGGCCUGAAGUUACACGUCAGCUCCAAGCAUUCUGAUGCAUCGGAUUCCGCAUUGGCCGAAGUGGACAGAGCUCCGAAAUGCUGUCUUUGUUCAAAACACAUGAGGACUUUUACCAAUGUGUAUUUCAACGAUGACGGUACUGUCCAGGCAAUCGGCUGUUUUGGUCACAUAGGCCACGAAUUGGAUCCAGCGUUGCUUCGAUGGACAGAGGAGCAGUUGGAAUAUCUGAAGUUUUUGCUGGAAGAGUUCUCUGCCGACUAUAUCAUCCAGAAAAUGAGAAGACAGUACGAAGCCAAAGACUCCAAGGUGUAUUUCAUUACCAGAAAAGAUCUUUGGAACAUCAUGUCCAAAUACGAACUUAUUCCGGGGAUGCGCCACAAAGAUGAUGUUAUUUCGUUGAAGUUGAGAGAAAUAGAAAGAAAUUUGGAAGAUGGGAUCCGAUAUUUCAAGGCUCAGGACGAGCCAAGUGGAAAAGGGUUUUUGUUAGGAUUCGUUACAGUCAUCAUAACACCUCUUCAAGAGAAGUGGUUGGAACGAUAUGGCCACAGGGGAGUAUCGGUGGAUGACACGCAUAAUCUCACCAAAUACGCGUUGAAACUCGCUACCGUAAUGGUGGUUGACGAGCGUGAUCGUGGUUUACCCGCAGCCUUUCUGUUGUCAGCUGAGAUGACAUCGAAAGAGUUGAAAAUUCUUUUCGACGAAAUCAAGCGGAUACUCCCCAACUUCGCACCAAAAGCCCUAGUCUCGGACGAAGCCAUGGCGUUCUACAACGGAUUCAAGUUGUCGUUCCCAAACCACAGCGCAGACCAUUUUUUCUGCAGAUUCCACAUUUUACAAUCGUGGAAAAGAAAAACCAAGGAAUGCGUUAAGCCGGAGCACCAGAAAGGAGUUAUCAGAGCUAUGAGAGAGCUGCUCAGAAUCGGUGACGAAGCACAGUUUCACUCACGCGUCGGUGAAUUACUGACGUACCUCCGUCUGAAAAAUUGUUUUUCUCUCAUUCAGUACCUUCAGGGGGAGUAUCUCGGUUCGGAAAAAAUACGACGGUGGGCAGGAUUCAAUCGGAAAGGAGUUGUGAUGAGCACAUCCAUGUAUACGGAAAGGUGGCACCUUCGAAUAAAACAAGAAAAAUUGAAAAGAAAAGCUAAUUCUAGAAUCGAUUAUGUCGUUGAUACUCUGAUCAAGGCCGUUGCUGAGCUAGCUGAAGAUUUCGAAGUUAAGGAUCGAAGACAAUACUGCUCGUCAUUCCGCAUAAACGAAAACAACGUCCAACACAGACUAGCAGUCCGCUUUUACAAAGGAAAUCCGGAUAAGAUUCACAAGAUUGACAAUUUUACAUGGAACAUUGAUGCCACGACGUCUGAUUCAGUGUAUCGUGUCGAAUUUGACGAGAACUGCUCAUGCCUUCAGGUCAAUAUACAUUGCUCGCGAUGUAAAGUGUGCCCUUAUGCUGUUUCGUGUACCUGUAGAUCUGGAGCACUAGCGGGGGUGGCAUGCAUGCAUACCCACGCAAUAAAGCUUUACGGAGAGGAUCCCCCCAUCGAGCCAGUGUCCAUUACUGAAUCAUCCGAUGAACCUCCAGUCGUUGAACUGCAGCACGCUGAAGUCAGUUCGAUGCAUUUCCGUGAUAUACGUGGAGAGUUGCAUACACUCCGUGACGAUAUUUCUAAGAGCUACACUUCAAUUUUUGCAAAAGCUAAUGCCCUCGUCAAGCAAGAAGACGACAGCGCCAUCGUAAUUCUCACUUCAAUCGCGGAGCGGAUGCGCAUUAUUGCCGAUGUCGACAUUGGUGUCUCUUUUGGAAAGAAUGUUAUUCUUCCCAGAGCAGAUGUUAGAGGUGGAAAACCAAAAAUGCAAAAAGCUGAUCUUUACACGAGAGCCAAAAUCCGCAAAGAAAUGAAGAGCCAAACUCAAUCGAUGGAGGAAAUACGCGUCGAUUCCGACGAUAUUUUAUUCUGUUCACUUUGUUUCCAAGAAGACCCUGAACUACCUCCCGACAGAUCCAGAAAAACCAGACGCCAGGGAGACCCAGUGGAUGAGAUGCACUGA